AUGUCGCGGUCACUGUUCGCAUCGACAGCCACACGGCGAUUAGUUCAACAGCAGGGCCGACUCUUCUCGACCUCCCGGUCCGCUUUGCGCCUCUCCGCAUCCUCCUCCGUCAGCGAACUCGCUACUCGCCGGGGUACGGCAGGCUUAACUGUUAUGCAUGCCUAUAGACCCUCCUCUCUGCAGGGGUGUAUAUUCCGAUCACCCGUCCGCCAGUCUAUCGCCUCCUUCUCCUCCUCGUUCGUUCGUUCCGCUACAAAAGUGACACAAAAUCCGAGAACCGGAGAUGAUGGGGAGACACUUAUGAUUGGGAUCUCCCCUCGCGCCGUGGAGCGCCUCCGCGAAAUCACCGACCCCUCCUCCUCUCACUCUGCCACGAAAGAAGAAAACCCUUACCACCAUCUCCGCAUUACAGUCACCAGCGGCGGCUGCCAUGGGUUCCAAUACAUGAUGUCGCUCGAGUCAGCAAACAAAAUAGAUGCGGAGGAGGAUACCGUUUUCGAAGGCGAGGCAGACUCUUCGGAAGCCUCAACCAAUGCCGCUGGCGGGGCCAAGGUCGUCAUGGAUGAGCCGUCCCUGGAGCUGCUGUCUGGUAGCACAGUUGACUACACUACCGAACUGAUCGGUAGUCAAUUUAAGAUCGUGGACAACCCCCGGGCAACAAGUAACUGCGGCUGCGGGACAAGCUUUGAUGUGAUGUGA